UCCGUAUAUAGUGGACAGACAUCAUCAAUCUUCUCCUUCCUCCAUUUCUCCCAUUUUCGAACACGCUCGAUUCUUCGUUAACCGCUCGUGCGAAUCUACCAUUGUCAAACAAUCUAGGGUUACGGCACCAGUUUGUAUUACUGUACUUCAAUUUCGGAUUCAAUGUCUGCCUUUGGCAUGGCUUCUGCUACCAAUACCAAUCCAAACAAGUCAACCGAGGUUGUAUCACCUCCGACGGAUGCUGUAUCAAGCCUUUGUUUCAGUCCCAAGGCGAAUUACCUUGUUGCUACUUCAUGGGACAAUCAGGUGAGAUGUUGGGAGAUAACAAAAAACGGAACUACUCUUGGCUCUGUAGCAAAGGCAUCAAUAGCACAUGAUCAACCGGUUUUAUGUUCAGCUUGGAAGGAUGAUGGAACGACAGUCUUCUCUGGAGGCUGUGACAAACAAGUGAAGAUGUGGCCAUUACUCUCUGGUGGACAACCAGUAACUGUGGCUAUGCAUGAUGCUCCUGUUAAAGAGGUUGCUUGGAUUCCAGAAAUGAACCUUUUGGUAUCAGGAAGUUGGGACAAAACUCUAAGAUAUUGGGACUUGAGGCAACCUAAUCCAGUUCACACUCAACAACUUCCUGAGAGAUGCUAUGCACUUACAGUGAGACAUCCAUUAAUGGUAGUUGGCACUGCAGAUAGAAAUCUUAUAGUAUUCAACUUGCAAAAUCCUCAGGCUGAGUUUAAGAGAAUUGCCUCCCCCUUAAAGUAUCAAACUAGGUGUGUUGCUGCAUUUCCUGAUCAACAAGGCUUCUUGGUUGGGUCAAUUGAAGGGAGAGUUGGUGUGCAUCAUCUUGAUGAACAACAACAAAGUAAAAACUUCACUUUUAAAUGCCACAGAGAGGGGAAUGAUAUAUACUCUGUCAAUUCUCUCAACUUUCAUCCAGUUCAUCAAACAUUUGCAACUUCUGGAUCUGAUGGUGCUUUUAACUUCUGGGAUAAAGACAGCAAACAGAGAUUGAAGGCAAUGUCAAGAUGCAGUGCACCUAUACCUUGCAGCAGUUUCAACAAUGAUGGCUCCAUUUUUGCCUAUGGGGUAUGCUAUGAUUGGGGAAAAGGUGCUGAAAAUCAUAAUCCAGCAACAGCCAAGACUUAUAUUUACUUGCACAUGCCACAGGAGUCUGAGGUUAAAGGGAAACCUCGCAUUGGAACAAGUGGAAGGAAGUGAAUAGUGUUGUUUUCUAUUUCUAGAUUGUAAAUGUACGGAGUUAAAUCAGUUUGUGCAGUUUUGCAUUGAUUCUUAGACCCAUGUAGUAGAUAAUGAGGUUUGUUUUCUAAUAUUUGUGGUCAAUUGGUUGUUGGGAGUUUGUUUUCUUGUUCAUUGAUAUUAUGGGAUAUUUUGUGUA